AUGAAAGGUACGUCGGUGGAAUUCGACAAGGAGAAUCGACAGCCGAUGGCGACAAUGCAACCAGUCGACGAGAAUACAGCCGACGUCCAGCAGGAAGAUGUGAUGUCAGCGAAUAAUAAAAACGCGGAUGAAGUCGUGAGCGAUGCGCUGUUGGAGAAGCUUCGAACUUACGCGGCUAAACCGCAGGAAGCGGGCGACGCGCUCAGGACGAUCGUGGCCAAGAUUCAUAUGCGUAUCACCUCAUCAGAUCGGCGAAUACGCGAGCGCACAUUGGAAAAGCUCUGGCUCAAGAAUUCCGGUGCAAUGGAAUCGUUCAUUAUGACUUUGGAGAAUUGCAAGGAUUACGUUGCUAAUUGCAGCAUCGCCGGCAUAUUACAUGAAUGUAUAUCGCCCCGAAUGAUCAAAGGCAAAUCUAAGGAAAGGGGGAGCAAGAAUAGAAGUGCCACAAGAACCAGUAACCGAAUGGCGGUCAUUCAACUGAUCAACUUAGGUAUCACGCAAGUCCUAGUUAAACUUUUAAUAAAUCUGCAAUACGCGGAUAGCAUCAUGAUCGAAGUACUUACUCAAGACAUCCUCUGGAUUUUGGGACAGGUGGCUCAGAGGGACCAGAAGUUUGUGUCAAAAAUGAAACUGCUCAAUUCCAUAAAAGUGUUCCAUGCACUGUUAAAGCAGCAUUACAACAACAGUAAGACGUUAUUACCGCUGUUGUUGAUCAUCAAGACUCUUGCUAAAAACUCUUUUUCCUUGCAAACAUUAGUAAAAGACGAUAUUACUAGCACUUUGGAGAAAACCUUUAUCAGUGUUGGUUAUACGCCACAUUUGAAACUAAGGACAUUAUUAGAGUGCUUCAAACAUUUAACGACAAAUAAAUUAUGCUGUAACAAAUUCAUUAAGACAAGAAUAGUACAUCUGCUUAUGCGAAUUUUCGAGAGAUGGGAAAGAUUCGAUGGGCAGAUGCGCUUGAAAAUUUGCAAUUACGCCUUGAAUACACUUCAGCAUUUCUGCGUAAUAAAAGCUGGAAGGAAGGCUAUCAAGUCGAACAAUGGCCUACAGCUACUCUACCGGUUCUGCACGAGUUGUCCAGAGGAUAAAGCUUAUGACUGCUUGCUGUCGCGUAUUUACGGAAUAAUCAAUCAGUGUCUAGAUAAAAAGGAACUGCCGGUGCCCGAAAUGUCGCCCGCGAGAUUUAUUCUAUCCGAAGUGAAUGUCAGGGCGAAUAGUGCUGAGAGCGGUAGCGACAUCGACAGUCAGGCGAACAGUGUGGCUUCGAUUGGUAGACGGUACAGCGAUCUUGAUUCCGGGGAUGACGAGGAGAGUCACGAUUCCAGAGAUACAAUGGACAAUGAGAUUCACUUGGGCGAUGAAGUGGACGAGAAUAAAUUUUUUGCCGGAGUUUUUACCUCGCAGAGAUCAGAAGAGGAUCUUGCUGGAUAUCAUAUGUUCUUCAAGGAGUUGGGAAAUUUGCAAUCGCAACUACACAUCGUCGGAUCGACAAAUGGCAAACUAAUCGAUCUUUAUUUGAUGGAUGCUGAGCAAAUAAAUUCACCGCUUGCGAAAGCGGGAAAGACGAAGAUCUCAAUCAAGGAUUUUUCGAAAUCUAACGGUACGAUGAAGAGUUGUCAAUUGGUGAACAGUACGCACAAUUUGAAGAUCCUAAAAGACGUGUCUGCAAACGUCACGGAUCGACAGGCUUAUUGCGUCGUAGCGAGCAGAGUGAGAAGCGUUAUAGGUUUUGUCAAGGUCGCCUAUCCGGAUCUGAUUGGUGGCGACGGUCUGGGAAAAGCAGAGCCGCUCAACACUAAGGACAGGAAAGUUUGCCGUGCGAAAUUGUUAACCUGCGUGGAACGAGGUCUCCACGCCGCCACCACUUUCCAGGAAGUUGUUUAUGACCUUGAUGCACUCGCAAACUCCGUCUCCCGGGGAACGUCGGACGAUGAGUGGCUGUUUGAUAACAGGGACGAGAAGAGGAUUGGCAAGCGUAAUGUGGACAUGAAACGGUUGCAGUUUGAGUCCAGAUUUGAAAGCGGCAAUCUGAGGAAAGCUAUUCAGAUAGGUCCACGAGAAUAUGAUCUUAUCUUGACGCCAGAUGUUAACAGCGGUUCCAGACAUCAGUGGUUCUACUUUGAGGUCUCCAACAUGGAGGCGACUGCAUACACGUUCAAUAUAAUCAACUGCGAGAAGACGAACUCACAGUUCAAUUUCGGUAUGAAGCCGAUACUAUUCAGCGUUACAGAGGCGCAAUGUGGUAGACCAGGUUGGGUGAGGACUGGUGUGGACAUUUGUUACUAUCGAAAUUGUUAUCAACGGUCCAUCAAAGGAAAAACAUACUUCACGACAUCCUUCACAGUUAUGUUUCCGCACGCUUACGAUGUUUGCUAUCUGGCGUAUCAUUUUCCUUACACGUAUAGCCGGCUGAUGACUAAUAUUUGGAACUGGACGAAAAGUGUCUCCGUGGCGAACGUAUAUUUUCGCGCGGAGACGCUCUGCGAGACUUUAAACGACAAUGAGAAUCCUGUGCUUACCAUUACGUCACCAGAUUCCAAGACCAAUCCUAUACAUACACGAAAGAUGAUUUUUUUAACAUCCAGAGUACAUCCUGGUGAAAGCAAUGCUUCUUGGGUGAUGCAUGGAACUAUGGAGGCUCUCCUAAGUGACAAUCAAUACGCCAACAGUUUACGUGACGAUUAUGUGUUCAAAAUAAUUCCUAUGUUAAAUAUAGAAGGAGUCGUAAAUGGUUGCAAUCGAUACGGUUUGACGAACGAGGACCUGAAUCGACGCUGGAGUAAUCCCAAUCGAAUGUAUCAUCCGGUGAUCUAUCACACGAAAGGCCUGAUGGAAUACUGCGCCAGGGUGCUGCAGAGACCGCCCCACGUUUUCGUCGACUAUCACGGCCAUUCGCGGAGGAAGAACGUGUUUCUGUUCGGUUGUUCAAGGUCGGGUUCCUGGAGCGCCGCGGACAGGGCGAAACCGGACCAGUCGGUGCAGUAUUUGAUGUUACCGCAUCUCAUGCAGAGGACAUCAUCAGCUUUCGCUUUGCCACUUUGCUCCUUCAAGGUUGAAAGAAACAAGGAAUCCACCGCCAGGGUCGCUGUAUGGAGGCAGUUGGGUGUUCCGAGAAGUUACACGAUGGAAAGCAGUUUUUGUGGAUGCGAUCAAGGCGUAUUGGCGGGAUUACAUCUCGACACAGAGCAUCUCAAAGCCAUUGGAAGAGAUUUCUGCCAAGCUUUAUCGAUGAUGAAGGAUGGCGGUAGUGAUUGGGCUAUCGGAAAAUCAACAGAGCAAGCCUGUUGUCCGAGAAUGUGUAUUUUACGAAAGUCACGGAAAAUACCGAAAUGUAUUCAAGAUAAACAUGCUAUACAUCAUACCACAGCGUUUUCUUAGCAAAUGAGAUAAAUAAACAGUUGUAU